CUCGACGAAAGGCAAAAACAUGAUGAGAGUAAACGCAAGGAAAAGGCUCGUAACGACAAGCUAAACGAGGAAUCUGACUGGAUAAGGCAAGAAGAACAGGAAGCUGAAAACAAUAAAAGAAUUCGUGAGGAAAAAUUCGCUUUACAACUUGAGGAAAAGAAAUUGGAAAAAGCAGAAAAGAAACGUGUGAAACUGAAAUUACCAAAUUUGCAAAUAUCCAAGUUCCAAGGAACAUAUCUUGACUGGGUAAGAUUUUGGAGUCUUUUUUCAAUACAAAUUGAUCAAACAUCCAUUCCAGAUGAAGCUAAAUUUUCGUAUUUGAAGGAACUUGUCAUACCUCAGGUACGUGUAACAAUUGAGAAAUUACCAGCUGACGGUGUAGGGUAUAAGAAAGCCAAGGAAUUAUUAGAACAAAGAUAUGACUCUAGUGAAACAGUGAAUGCCCAUAUUCAGGAAAUAAUGUCACUGCCAAUUAUUACUGGAAUUUCAAGACCUAAGAUACACAAUUUUUACGACAUUACAAUGUUAAGGUUUGGAAUCCAAGUGAGAAUAUAUACAUUUUAAGACCUAACCAGGAACGACUGCGAAAAAUACAGCACAAGGUCCUCUGGUAGGAAUCGAACCUACGGCCCUGCGAUUCCGGUGCAGCGCUCUAACCAACUGAGCUACAGAGGCCAGCUGUUAAGCUGUAACCGUAAGUUCAUGUAUAUAUAGGUAAUCGGGUGUGCGGGUUGUGAUAAUGUGUACUUCAUAACUUAGAUUCUGCACUUCACUUGGUGGAAUUAAUAUUAGAAUGUUAGGCUUUGGAAUCCAAGUGAGAAUAUAUACAUUUUAAGACCUAAUAGACCAUAGAUCAGUGGAAUGUACCAAAGUUGUCGAUGUUUGAGAGCGAAAGAGAAUCCUAAGCAUUAAGAGACGGUGUUUUAACUAAACGGGAGAAAAACAUAGAGCUAGUGAGUGCAAAAGUAAGACCCAAUGUUACAAGUGCCAACGUAAACAUCAUACAUCCAUUUGUGACAAAGCUGAACCAAGCCCUACAAUGUGCCAACCGAACCAAUCCAACGUGAUAUAUCCUGUAGUAGUUGUUGAAGUAGAAGGAGUAAAAUGCCGAGCGUUACUGGAUACUGGUUCAGGAAAUUCUUAUGUAUCUUCUACGUUGACGAACUUAACAAAAAAGAAGCCAGUCAGACAAGAGAUCAAAACAAAGAGAUGAUGUUGCAUACCACUACGAAAAAGAUUGAUGUUUACAAUGUUGGAAUCACAAACAUUAAUAAAAACUUUAGCAUGUCAUCUGAAGUGAAUUGUGUUGAUCGCCCAGUGCUACUGACCUUGCAAAAUCCACGUUACAGAGAAGUUAUUGCCAGUAAUUCACACCUUGAAGGCAUAGAGAUGGACGAUGUUGACACGAAGCCAAUGUUGUCAGUUCACAUGAUACUGGGUGCCAGUGAUUAUUCACGAGUCAAAACAACCACAUGCGCCGGCUAAAAUUGGAGAUGGAAAACCAGUGGCUGAGAAAACGAAACUCGGGUGGACAAUCAUGUCGCAAGGACGGGAAAUGCAUCACUCAUAUUUAAUGUUAACGAGAAGCACACAAUCAUGAAGACUUGCCUAUUGGUCACCGAGUAAUUUACUACAAGUGUUUCUUACAACCUCAUGUAGAUUAUUGCUGUACAGUUUGGGGACAAUCAUGUCAUAUUAUUCGCAUACAUAAACUCCAAAAGUUAGCUCUGAGAAUUAUUUACGACAAACCGAAGCUAACCUCUUCUGGGCCACUAUUUAAAGCUGCUGGAGUCCUGCCUAUACAGCAAAGAGUAAUGCUACGAACAGCAAUAAUGGUAUAUAAAUCAUUAAACAACUGGGUACCCAAGUACAUAAGUGACUUAUUUGUCUUAAAGUCAUCAGUGACAAAACGAAUUACAAGAAGCUCAGAGAACAACGAACUGUGGAUACCGCGAACGAAACUAACAAUUAGGCAAAAAACGUUGAAAUUCAGUGGUGCAACAUUAUAUAACAGUUUACCACGUGCGACCAGACAAUCAACGUCAUUAAGCUCCUUUAAAAUAAGAGCCUAUAAAUACUUUUUAGAUACUUAUAUAUAAGUUAUUUGUUUGUACGACUUUUAUAUGUUUUUGUUGUACUGAUGUCCAAUUUAAUGUGUAGUUUUAAUAGUAAAUUUGUAAUAAGUAGACGAUAACAGUUGAACAGAAGGCCCAGUGUAAGAUUAGCGUUGCUAAACUGGUUUUUGUAUAAUUGCACCUUCUUUAAAUAAAGUUUAUUAUUAUUAUUAUUAUUAUUAUUAAGACUACAUGGAACUUUGUAGUUUAGAUGUUCUGAGGCUCAAGGAUCGACCUGAAGGUGAUCAAACAACCGUGCUUGAGGAGUUCAAAGAACAGUUGACCUGGAGAGCAGAUGGAAAAUACGAGACAGCACUACCAUGGAAAGCUAGCCAUCCCAAAUUACCAACCAACAUCAACGUUGCGCGACCGAAAUUUCAGUCACUACUGAAGCGACUGGAUAAACAACCUGCCUUACUUGAGACAUACCAUCAAAUCAUCGAAGACCAAGUGGAACAGGGAAUCGCAGAGAUCGCACCAACAGAACUUAACGAGAAGCACGAACAUUACAUUCCGCAUAACCUGUCGUUCGGGAACAAGCCGAAUGGAAAAACGUUCGUAUCGUCUACGACGCCUCCGCAAAGGUUAACGAAGAUAGUCCGUCACUGAAUGACUGUUUAGAGAUUGGUCCUCCACUUCAACGAAAGUUGUUAUAUAUUCUUUUGCGAAACCGACUUAAACCUGCGCUAUUAGCUGGAGAAAUCAAGUAAGCGUUUCUUCUGAUCAUUAUCAGAGAAACCGAACGUGACGCUUUAAGGUUCCUGUGGAUAAAUAACUUGUACAGCAGAGAAGAGAAGAUCUACCGCAUGACAAGACUUAUGUUUGGUCUGGGUCCAAGUCCAUUCAUGCUUGGAGGAACAUUGAACGUUCAUCUAGUGAGGUACAUCAUCAUCCGAUUUGUGUUCGAGAGCUUAAAGAUGGUACAUACGUAGACGAUAUAAACAUUACAAGCGACACAGUGGAAGAAACGAGAAAAAUCAAAGAAGAUGCUGUGAAAAUCCUGGGAGAAGGUGGUUUCCAGUCACAUAAAUGGCAUUCGAACGCCGCAGAAUUAAAAAGUGAUGUGAAGGAAGAUGGAGAAACUAUCUAUGCGAUGGAAAGUCUAGGGACAACAUCGUCGGAGACCAAACGUCUUGGAUUACGUAGACUGGAAGAAAUCAGAAAUCACUUUGUCAGUGACAUUUCCACCAAACGAAAAUAA